AUGAACCCUCCCUCUAUGAUAUGAAGCAGUGACAGAGUUGUCUCUGAGAUUAACCUCUCUCUGAAAAUAUGAACUUUUGAUUGAAAGAUUUCACAUCGGAUAUAUUUACAUGGCCAUCAUGAUACUAAUACAACUUUACAGAUAAUCUAGUUGUUUUAGUAUAAUGAUGGCCAUUUUGUUACUUUUGUUAUUCCUGUCUUUCGUAUCGCUCGCCGCUUUUUCGCUCGCUCUUUAUCAAUCGUAUUUUGCUGUUGUUGUUGUUCCUGUGUUAUUUUCUUGUUCCUGUGUUGUUUUCUUGUUCUUGUGUUGUUGUGUUUUGUUGUUGUUGUUCAUUUUUCUCACCAAUAUGUCUUACGGAAAGUACUGUAUGGUGAAGACCUGCAGGAAUAAUAAAAAGGACUUUCCGAAAUUGAGUUUCUUCAGUUUGCCGAAGAAAAUGGAAAUUGCUCUGAAGUGGAUGGAAUUUGCAGGGCGUAAUGACAAUGACUUGGACAAAGAAUAUACCAUGUGCAGUGAACAUUUCAUCGAAAGUCAAUUUAAAACGGUUUAUCCAUGUAAGUUGUUGUAUCCAGGAAGUAUCCCAUGCAUUAAGGGGCCACAUGCGAUGAAGAGGGUUAAUGAAAAUGAUGCUUUGAAUACUGAUGGAAGCAUUCCUUUCAUGAAGGGGCCAUGUGCAAUGGAGACAGAUAUUGAAAGUGGUACAGCAAAUACUGAUUAUAUUCCUUCGUGUUCAAAUGUGCCCAAAAGAAAUUCUUCUAUGAAAAAUAUAGCCAAAUCUUCCCUUCGAAGAGAUAGCAAGAUUAAGAAGCUGAAUAAGACAGUCAACUCCCUGCGAUGCAAAAUAUACAGAAAGAAAGUCCCCGUUUGUUUCUGUCAAAGUAAGCCUCCUAUAUGCAGCAAUAAGGUCACAAUAAAUAGAUUGAUUAAUGAAUCAAAAAAUUAUCUUUCCAAAGAGGCACAUGUUCUUUUCGCCAAUGAGUUAAGAGCAAGUUUUGUGAAGAAGUACAACCGACGAUAUGAUGAUAGUGUACGAGAGAUGUGUCUCCUAUGGUAUUAGGUAUGCCUCACCUAAAGGUUAUAAGGCAAUAUCAAAAAGCCUGAAUUUGCCAACACCAAGAACAUUGAAAAACUGGCAGUCAAAAUUGAAACUUUCUCCUCGAAUAAGUCCAGCUAUGGUAGAAUAUUUGAGGUUACAUUUCUCAAAAACGCUGAUCAGAAAAAAGAAAUCUGUUCCCUCUUCAGUGGCGGAUUUACCAUAGAGGCUGAGUAGGCUGAAGCCUAGGGCGGCAGAUUUUAGGAGGCGGCAAAUUUGGGGACAAUUUUUUUUUAACCCAUUAUAGAAACUGAAACACUUGUAUUUCAAAUCUAUU